CUGCCCUCUGCCACUCCCCCAGGGGGCCCUUUAUCACUGAGUUUGUUGCAUGAUAAUUCAUCUAGUGACACUGCUUUGCCCCUGGUUCCACACUUCGGCAUUGACUCUGAACAUCCUUCGCCCCCAGGCAAGAUGGAGCCAUACUGGAUCCGCGACUUUAUAAGUCGCAGUAUACCAAUUUAGUCCCAAUCUUCUGCUUGCUUACUAUAGUCGCCUUACAUCUCACCUAUAUAACAGAUUCGCUUCUAUCACAACAUGGCUCUUGUCCAGCGCACGAUCCCUAGGGCGAUCAAGGUUGCUGGUGUGGCUGGCCUUGCCGGCCUAGGCAUCUACUGCACGAAACAGUUCCCCACAGUAUUCGCCGAAUCCAACGAACCAAAAACAGUCUUUUCCGGUCUGGGAUUCACCACUUUACGCUUGCAGAGCAUCAAGACCGUCAAUCACAACACGAAGCGGCUUGUCUUCGAAUAUUCCGAUGAAACAGCCCGCAGUGGCUUGACUUUGACUUCGGCACUACUGGCAAUCACUCAACCGGAAGGACGCUGGCUCCCAGUUGUUCGACCGUAUACUCCUAUAAGUGACUUGGAUGAACCAGGCCGUCUCGAACUUAUGGUCAAGAAAUACCCCGAAGGAAAGGCUAGUGGUUAUUUGCAUUCCUUGAAGCCAGGAGAUUCACUCAAAUUUGCCGCUUCCUUGAAAGGAUAUCAAUGGAAACUAAAUGAGUUCUCCCAAGUCUAUCUCUUGGCCGGUGGUGCUGGAAUCACGCCAAUUUUCCAGCUUAUCAGAGGCGUCCUGAAGAACCCUCAAGAUCAAACGAAGAUGACUCUUAUUUUUGGUGUCAACUCUGAGGAGGAUCUGCUUCUGAAGGAGGAGCUUGAUCAUUAUGCCACAGAAUUCCCUGACCGUUUCAAGGUUCAGUACACUGUUAGCCAUCCAAAAGAGAACUCUUCCUACGGGAAGGGCUAUAUCAACGAGGAGCUUCUCAGGAGUGCCUUCCAGGGCCCUACCAAGAACACAAAGGUUUUUGUUUGCGGCCCUCCGGCGAUGGAGGAUGCCCUUGUCGGAUCGAACAGAUCGCCUGAAGGUAUCCUGAGUCUACUGGGAUUCUCAAAGGACCAGUCCAUCACAGCAAAGAUGAGUGGUCAAACCAGGUCAUUGUAUCCGGAGCCCAAUGUGCUAAUCUCCUCCCUGAAAGUGGGAGCCGUGAGUGGCUCUGCUGGUCUCGUGUAUGGAGGCAUAUCAGGUGUCAUCCGGUCUCCCCACCCGGUGAUCCAUUCGAUCUCGUGCGGAAUCCACUGGUUUGUCUGUGGAACCUCCUUCUGGUGGUUGAGGAGCAACAUUUUGAAGCACCAUUACAAAGAUCAAUCCACCCCCAAGCAACGGGCUUAUGUCAGCGCCCUCUCCGGGGGUGUUGCUGGAGGGGCUGUUACGCGGUUAAUGGGCGGCCGGCUUGUCCCAGGGCUAGUUGUUUUUUCGUUAGUAGGCUAUGUCGGGCAAAGCUCGUAUAAUGCGAUCGACGCAUGGCAAAUGGAGAACGCGAAUACCCCUUCUAAGCCGUUUCUGCAGCGCAUGGCCGACUCCAAAUGGAUCCCGCUUAAGUCACUUUCGGAUGAUGACUACCGGGGCAUCCUGAGUGAGAAAUUAUUGAGCAUCGAGGCUGAGAUUGCACUCCUUGAUGAGAAGAUCGAGGAACUCGAAAAAUUCAAGUCUACUGAACUGGAGUCGGCAGUCUCGGAUCCUGCAGCUAAGUAGCCGUGUUCGAUGGCCACUAGCAAUUCGGCUAUAGGCGAGGAAAAAAAAGGUACGACCAAUCUUGAAUGGCCGUCGUCGAUCUUACAUGUCCGAUCUGUCUAAGGAGGAGACUACUGUAAAUGAUCGGGGUGGCUGUAGAUCGGUCGCCUCCAGGGUAGGGAUUCCAUCGGCAUCAUGUUGCACUUGCCCGCAGGGGCGUGGUGCUCACAUGGGGGUUUAAGUUACGACUCAACCUUCGACCACGGUGUUGGCCUCGAAUGGGCCUCGAAUGGGCCACUCAGUCCGGCUGGCCCCGGGGGUGCUAUUCCAUGUUCCAUCAUUCCUUGAAACCUCCGGAAGGAGAUAACCUUUCUCAUGUAUCAUAUCGCCCCCCAAGCAUGUAUCUAAUUGAAACAAGACUUCGUAUAACUAAGAAG